UCGAUCUAUUGCUUCAUUCAAUUCAACUCCAUUAUAUAUCAUAGUUCGAGUUUUGCUAUAGAUACGCAAAGAAAAGAAAAUGUACAAGAGUUCCAAAUCAGACAUGGGUCGUCGAGCAUGGAACAUACUAAGAUUAGCUUUGUUAUGGACAAGAAAAGGUGGAGUCUUUGCUUUAAAGAAAAAGCUGAUGCAACUGCAGCUGCAGUUAUCCCAUUCCAACAAAGGCGUAGGAUCACUACAAGAUGGUGACCGUCAACUCUCUUUCGAUGCCACCCCUAUCAUCCAUGUAAGGAUGCAUCGACCCAACUCCAUGCGUUUCCAUUUGCCUCACAUUCCUUGCAUCAACCCACAAGCUGCUGAUGCUUUUGAUGCCUAUGACUUCGACGAUCAAAGUGACAUCGACUAUUCUUAUCAUCAGCCAAGACGGAGUUUCUUGAUAACAAGUGGAGAAGAACAUGAACAAAAUGAUGAAGAAAUGUGCGAGGAAGAAGGGAUUGAUGUUAAGGCUGAAGAGUUCAUAGCUAAUUUUUAUCACCAACUUAAGCUUCAAAGGCAAAUCUCCUACCUUCAAUACAAUCACGACUGAUUAAUCACUUCCCACCACUGUAUAUGACCUGGACAGAUAUUAGGAGGCCCUGCUUUUAAAAUUCAUUUAUUCAUUUCUCACAAGUAUCACCUUUGUUACAUUUCAGAGAUAACUUUGCACAUUUAUCAUCCGGUAUUUACGUUUUAUUAUACACAUUUGCCGUUCUACUUUCCA